AUGGCCCCUUCAAGAGGAGAUGAUUGGGAGGUACCUUCUAGACUGGUGCAAACCUUGGACGCACAUACCGGUCCGGUCCACGUAGUGAGGUAUAAUCACGGAGCGAAGUAUUGUCUUUCGGGUGGAGGGGAUCGUACGAUUCGUUUAUGGAAUCCGACUUCUGGGAAAGAAAUAAAGAGGUAUGAAGGUCAUGGGAGGGAGGUUUUAGCUUUGGAUAUAGCCUUCGAUAACGCUAAAUUCGCCUCAUCGGGAGGAGACAAAUUAGUGUUCGUAUGGGACGUAGCAUCAGGUACUAUAGUCCGAAGACUUCAAGGACAUUUCGGGAAGAUCAACGCUGUAGCUUUUUCACAAGAUGCUCAAAUUUUAGCUACCGCGGGGUUUGACGCAAAGGUCAUGUUGUGGGAUAUGCGAGCAGUGAUGAAAGAACCUCUUCAAACAUUAAAAGAAGCAAACAACUCAAUAACAUCAUUAUCACUUCCUCCCACAACUGAAAUCUUAUCUUCCUCUUCUGACGGUCAUAUAAGAACAUACGAUCUACGUUUAGGUAAAUACGUUGAAGAUCUUAUUGGUUCACCAUGUUAUUCAGUUUUACCAUCUAUCAAUUCUCCUAGGGAAAGUAUGUUGGUAAGUUCUGAAGAUGCGAUUAGGAUAUUCGAUAGGAGUAGUGGAACAUGUUUACAAACUUUUACUGGGGUGAAAGGUCCAAAGGCUAGAUGGGGUUAUGGAGAAAGUAAGGUUGUUAGUGGGGAUGAAAAAGGUAGAGUUUGGUGUUGGAAUGUAUUAGAUGCCAAAGCCGUAGAUUCAGACCCUAAGCCGGUCCAUAAGAAAGCUAUCACAUGGCUAGAAGUGAACCCUACAGGAAAAGAAAUGAUCACCGCUUCCAUGGACGGUACGAUCAAAGUAUGGGCCGAAUAA